UUACGAUAUAUUUUUAAAACAUUAUUCCGUAUCGAGGUCGAUAUUUGUCAAACCUUAAAGCAAAUAAAUUCGAAGUCAAAAUUAUAAAAAUAAUUAAUUUCGAAUCGUAUUAUAGAUUCACUGCUUUUGGAAUCCACUUUCUUCAUUCCGUUUCGAUGUAUCGCCAAAUUGAGUUAAGAGCAGGCAACGUUCGACGGGUCCCGAGACAUGUUUGUUAGCCAAGCGCUGCCAAUUGGCUUGUUGCUGCUCGCAGCAGGAGUAGCAGCAGCGGCUACAGAGCAUGAUGAUCAGCAGCGUGGCAGGACAGUGGAGACCCAUGCCAAGAUAGUGGGUGGCUAUCCAAUAACAAUCGCCGAUGCCCCUUACAUAGUCUCGAUCCGAGCACGCUACUACCACGAGGCAAGCUUUGGCGAGGGCCACAUGUGCGGUGGCUCUGUGAUUUCCCAGCGGGUGGUCUGCUCGGCUGCCCAUUGCUUUGAAAUAAAUGACACGAUGCCGGUGCGAUUCAGAGACUCUGAAAACUUUGUUGUCGUAGCCGGCGUGACCUAUCUUGACGAAAGGACCGAGUUUACCGCCGAGUAUUUGGUAGAAAAGAUCAUUGGACACCAUAACUAUAUUCGAUCCACGCUUGAGAACGAUAUUGCGCUGCUGUUCCUCAAUGGCAUCAUACCGAAUGACUCCUUGUACAUCCGCCCCGUCUCGCUCGCCGAGCAUCCCUUUAGCCCUGGCACGCUCUGCGCAAUCAGCGGCUGGGGCAACCAGAAGAUGCAGCUGAUGCAGGCCAUCAUUCCGACUGUGCACGAAGGUCUCUGCUCCUUCAUCUACAUGUAUCUUCCCAGAUCUCAGUUAUGCGCCGGCUGGAUGAGCGGCGGCAUCGAUGCCUGCAGAGGCGACUCGGGCGGUCCCCUCGUCUGCAUGAACUCCCUCACAGGCAUUAUUUCUUGGGGCGUGGACUGCGGCCGUAGAUUCUUUCCGGGAGUCUACACAAACAUCUCUUACUUCAUACCCUGGAUCAAAAUGGUUAACGCUACGUUCAAUUACAACGAAUUCAAGCCCAUGAGAAGAUCCCUACGGAACAAUAACAAUUGUUCAUUUCGAAAUCUCGACUACCUUCGAAAUGCUUUGUUAUUAACAAUAAUCAUACUAGCUACGUGAAAGAGUAAUACCUUAUGACAUACCUAUGUAUGUAUAAGCAAACCAGAUUCGUCCCAAUUAUAUUACAUAUUGUCAAUGAA